AUGACGGACACUUGCAUAGUGUGUCUAGGAGACCUUGGCGAUGGCGCCAGCGAGCCGGCUCGUGUGGUAUGUGUUGACCAAGACCAUCUGCCAAGAUCCGGCGAUCUCCAGAGAGCUCCCCGGCUGGAGGUCGUCGUUACAUCCCCCAAGCCUGACCCAGAAGCUGAUUCGGGGAAAAUUGCCCACCUGCUUCCCUGUGGCCAUACCCUUCAUGACGAGUGUCUUAAACCUUGGGUGGAAAGGGCGAAUAGUUGUCCGAUAUGCCGCCAGAACUUCAAUAUGGUUGAGCUGACGGACACGGUUGGAGGUCCUGUUGUCUCGUCCUAUUGUGUUGAAGACCGUGUGCAGGUUGCGGAUAUCGACCCUUCUAUUGUAGUGGACGAACUAGAUGCAGAGUCCGAUUCACAACCCUGUCCGAUAUGUGGAUACGAUGAUAACGAAGACGUCCUUCUUCUCUGUGAUGGUUGCGAUGUCGCCAUCCAUACCUACUGCGUCGGCCUGGAUGCCGUCCCUUCAGGUCCUUGGUUUUGUUCCCAAUGCGAAACCCAAAGAGUGAUCCUUGCAGUUGGCUCACGUCCACGGAACCAAUCCAUCCGUCGCACUCGUGGCGAUCAGAGAAGAAUCCGCAGCCGAAACCAGAUAAAUGCCGUUCAUUGGGCCCGCGUUUGGCAAACCGUAUGGGACCAUUUGAAUCUAGACCUGGACUUCCCUUUUGACGAUGAACGAGCGCACAACCGGGCAGUUGAACAGCGAAGACGCGAGGUUGCUAGUCGGAGAGAAUUUCGGGCAUGGGAACGUCGCUUUCAGAUCGCUGAGCGCCAAGGAAUGGCUAACCGGUUCAGAGAUACCGCAUCCGCCCUUCUCGAGAUCGGGCGGGGCUGGCCCUCGAGACCCAGACAAAGAAUCGAAACGCCAGAACCCGAAUCACUUGACGAGGUUAGAGCAUGGAACGCAUUUGAAAGAGCACGGGAAAUACAAGAUGAUCCAAGUUCGAGCUCGAGUCGUGGUCGGAAACGCAAAUCGCCGACGGCUUCACCAGUAGAGCCACAGCCGGCACAACCCGAACGGAGACUGAAACGCCCGCGAACGAGACGGCCGGAAGCUCUUGCUGCUGACUUUCUUGAUCACGGGGGUGAGUCUUCCAGAGCUGGGAGAUCAGCUAAUGCAGGUGGUUCUGCUGCUUCUGGAAGGGUUCCCGCUGAUAGCAAUGUUAGUACGGGCCCAAGCUUUUUGCAAUCCCUUCUCAAAGAGGUCGAAGACUCUUCUCCCCCGAGCUUGAACAACAGCGCCUUUAGGUCGAAUGUAUUCUCCGCGACACCUGGCGAUUCGAGCUCCCCCCACCCAUCCUCCCCUGCUCAGUCAUCCCUCUCAUCGAAUCGCUCCUCCCCUCAACCAUCAUCCACCACACCACCCCCUUACAACAACGGACCAACCACGCCGAUCACAGUCCCCGACCCAGCAGCUUUUUCUUUUCCCGAAUUCUCCCUUUCAUGCUCUCCCAACCAAGACCAAGGGACCGCGGGCCGACCUCGACUCCCCCGCCAAAUGCACCGAAGCCAGCGUGGAGGCCACAGCUCAUCAUCCUCACCUUCGCGUUCGCGAUCCAACGAAACCUCCCCAACCCGCUCUUCCCUCUCCAUAUCUGUCAAAUCCGAUCUCCAGAGAAUGGUCAGCGCGGCUCUAAAGCCCCACUACCGCAGCCGCGAAAUCUCAAAGGAUGAAUAUACGGAUAUAAACCGUCGUAUAUCGCGGAUGAUGUACGAGAAGGUUGGAGCCGUUACGACACUGGAUGCAGAUGUGAAAAGUAGAUGGUCGGGAGUUGCUAGCGAGGAGGUGAGCAAGGCUAUUGCCAAUCUUAAGGAGACUAGAGAAGUCAACUGGCAAGGUCAACAAGGGCAGUGA